GAAGAAAUGAAGCUCAGGGCUGGCAAAUCGACGCCGCCUAUAGACUCCCAGGAGCUACCUCCCCAGAUAUUGGUUCUGAGCCUGGCCUCGAGAGAGCUAGUGUUCCUGUACUACUCCAACGCGAGCAACCAGUUUGUGUUCCAUCAUCGGCCGUUACCAAAUGAUGUCAGCGCCUUUGAACGCUUUGGCCGGAAUAUUGCUGUGGAGCCAAGGUCUCGCGCAGUAGCCGUGAGCGCCUCAUGCGACUACUUCGGAGUCUUUGUCCUCAAACGACCGCCCGUCAUCCAGUCACAGAUGGCCCAAUACCGACUGGAUCCGAUAGCAGAGGAGCGUUUCUUCCGCGUUGAAGGCGACAUCAUAGCCAUGGAGUUUCUGUACCCCAAAUCCGAAGAUGGCGAUAAGAUCAUCCUCCUACUACUGGUCGCUCAGGACCAGGCAACGCAUGCUGUGUGCUAUGAGUGGAAUGCGAACGAGUCCUUACGCCAAGCCACCCCACGCGUGACCAAGAAAAGACUACCGUCCGAGGACCGGUUGCCUACGAUGCUGAUCCCAUUGACUAAGACAUCGUCAUUCAUGCUUGUGACAACAACUUCAAUGGCUGUAUACCAAAACAAGCUUGACCCUCAGAGACAUCCCAGCCGAUACCCGCUUCCUGUGCUCGAGCGCGAGUCUCAAAAGUCACCCCUCUGGACCAGAUGGGCACGGCCGUUGCGCAAUUGGCAAUACAACCAAAAGCACGACGACAUAUACCUCUGCCGUGAGGACGGAGAGAUCAUCUAUCUGGGCAUUGGCAGCGAAGGCGAACUCGAAAACCAAACCCAUUUGGGGCAACUGUGCUGUGACGUGGACGCAGCAUUUGAUAUUCUAGACAUUGGCUAUGAGGGGGGCGACCUGCUUUUUGCAGCAGGCACCACAGGUGAUGGAGGCCUGUUCGUUCAGAAAGCUCGAGACCAUCCACGAUGUGUCCAGAAGUUCAUGAACUGGACGCCGGUUACGGACUCGGUGGUGGUGAGAAAUGAAAGUGCUCUGGCCUCUGAUAUCGCAGGCGAUCGGUUCUUUGUUUGCUCUGCCUCGUCUUUCUCGCGAGGGGCAGUGGUUGAACUUCGUCAUGGCGUUGAAGCACAGACCGGAUUGAUAAUCGGGUUGGAUGAAGAGUCAGGCACGAGAGACAUAUGGGCUAUGGCAGACAGCUUGAACGGAGGCGUUUUUGUCCUAACAUCAGAUCCGAUGUCCUCACUCCUUCUAUAUCUGCCUGCUAAUUUCGGAGAGGAACUGUGCGCUAUUGAUGAGGCAGAUUCCGGACUCGACUUUAGCACGCAAACCCUCGCGGCUGGGUGCACAGGAUCAGGGGCCAUCAUCCAGAUAACUGACAAGGCAAUCCACGUGGGAUCGACUCCCGAAUCACCCGGCGAUCGGCUUGAUCUUGGUCCCGGACAAAGCAUUGCAGUGGCUGCUGUCGAUGGAGCGACUUCGGUAAUCGCCAUCGCCGUCAGGACCCAGCAGGAGGUGCACCUUCACCUGAGAAGACUCGACACGAACGGUGGCCAGCCCCAGCUGCUUGAUAUCGGUCCUCCUUUGUCUAUACCAUACGAGCCCGUCUGUAUGUCCAUCGAACACCUCGACUCGUCCUCGUUUGUAUUCGUAGGCACGGGCAACGGGAAAGUCUUGGUGUAUCGCAUAGCCGACACUGUCUCUUUCCUGACCGAAGCCACCGUCGUCGUUGCCAAUCAGGACGAUCUGUCGAAGGCCAUUGACAGCAUUGCCGUCAUUAGUGGGGCCGGUGAAGACCGACAAACGGCACACACUGUACUCUGCGGCCUGCGAAGCGGGAUUCUGGCUCCUUUCGACCUUGUCUUGGAGAAAGACAGUGCUUCCCCCAUCGCAUUAACGCCAGCAGCACCCCGACGACUAGGGCACACGUCCGUCAGAGUCCAGGGUAAAGGUGAACAUGCAUUGUUGACCUGCGGGCAUGGUUUCUGGCAAAUAUCCUGCGCCCCCGAUCAAGGGCCCUCCUCUAUCCAAAGAGUGUGGGUCACUGACCAGAACAACCCUGCCUACAACCCAAAAACCAUCCAUAGCUUUUCCAUGUCCGCAGCCGAUGGCCUAUCUGACACACUUUUCUGCGUUGCUGACGGGCAGCUUCUGGUCUGCACCUUGGGGCAGGGAGCAAAGACCGUUCCCAGACGGAUCGAUCUGCCAGGCAGUGCCAGCAAACUCACAUACUCGCGACAUCUCCGCAGCCUGAUCGUUGCAUAUUCCCAGACCGAAUACGACACCGACUCCGACCCCAUCAAACGCUACACCCGCCCGUUCAUCGAGUUCGUCGACCCGGACCUCCAACACUCGGUCAUCGAAGCCCUCGAGAACCCCCCAGACGACGAUCCCCGGCCCUGGCGUCCUCAAGGCGCGGCCGGCGAAAAGAUCAGCUGCAUCCUCGACUGGACGCCCAAGAAAGGCGACGAAGAAUACCAUUUCGUGGUGAUCGGCACCUCUCGCCGGAACCAGCCCGAACGAGGCCGGGUCAUCUUCCUGCAAGCCUACCGCGAUCCCGCGAAGCCCUCGCGCAUCGAGUGCUCCGUGAAAUACAUCCACAAGUUCGACGGCCCCGUCUUCUCCAUCGCCCCCUACGGCGCCUUCACCCUGAUGGUGUCCACCGGCCACGAGAUCGUGCCCCUCGAGCCCAAAUUCUCCCAAACGCGCUGGGUGCGCGCCGCUCGCUACUCCGUCCUCUCCCCCGCCGUCCUCAUGACCGCCCAUGAACCCUACCUCUACAUGACCACCUCGCGCGAAUCCCUCAUGGUCCUCAAAGCCUCCGAGGACAAACUGACCCUCCACGCCUACGACCGCCAGAAACACGACGGUCUCGCGCACGUCUACAUCGGCGGGGCCCGGAACCUCAUCCUCAGCUCCAGCCGCGGCGGUCGCGUCAGCCUGCUCACGGAGACGGGGAUCACGGAAAACAACAAGAUGCUAUCGACGGCGUUGUGCGAAGCACAUCUCCCUUCCUCGGUCAUGAGACUGAGCCCCGGCUCCAAGAGCUCCCCCCUCUCCCCACCAUCCUCUCCCUCCUCCUCCUCUUCUCCCAGCGUAUUCUACGGCACCGCAAUGAACGGCACCGUAUACCGAUUCCUCACGAUCGGAGAGAAAGAAUGGCGCCUACUUCGCUUGUUGCAGAACCUGUGCAUUCGGGACGUGGUCAUCUGUCCGUUUACGCCCAAGAGACGUCGACAGCGCAAUCCGAUGAGUUUGGUGCUGGAUCCCCAGCCGACGCAGAUGCAUAUCGAUGGGGACAUUCUCAGUCGGUUGGUGCUACGGGGACCGGGGCAUUUGAUGCGGAUGCUGGGUGAGGAUGGGGCCGAGAAUAGCAAUAGCUAUAGCAAUGGCAAUAGCUCGGCGCAGGCGGCCCUCGAGCAGUUUACCGAGCUGGCGAGGGAUGUCCUUGGCGAUGUUGGCCGUCCGGUGGAGGCUGUGAUGGGGUGGUUGCAUAGGGUGCUCCAGGUGGAGUUCUAGGGUGUAUGCAGUAAGUAAAGGAAGAGGUUUUGUUGUGUUGUAAUUAGGACUGUAUUGUUUCA